GCUGCAUGGUAUAUGAAAAGCUGGGUGAGCAGGUCUUCGGUACCCCAGGGAAAAUGAUUGUCUUUGGAUCUACAUCUCUCCAGAACGUUGGAGCAAUGUUGAGCUAUCUCUUCAUAGUCAAAAAUGAGCUGCCUUCUGCCAUAAAGUUUCUAAUGGGAAGAGAAGAAUCUUUUACGGCAUGGUACGUGGAUGGACGCGUUCUUGUUGUCAUGGUGACGUUUGGUAUAAUCCUCCCUUUAUGUCUCCUUAAGAACUUAGGAUAUCUUGGCUAUACCAGUGGAUUUUCAUUAAGCUGUAUGGUAUUUUUCCUGAUAGUGGUUAUUUACAAGAAGUUUCAAAUUCCCUGUGACGGAUCGCAGCUAAAUGCAACAUCAUCUAUCCUAUCAAAUAGCUCAGCACAUGAACAUAUGUGUAAGCCAAAGUAUGUUAUCUUUAAUUCCAAGACCGUGUACGCUUUGCCUACCAUUGCCUUUGCGUUUGUCUGCCACCCGUCAGUCCUCCCGAUUUACAGCGAACUUAAAGA